AUGUCACAACAAGGCGAGACUCCCUACGCGAAACCAAGACAAGAUGAGCAGAUUGAAUAUGCUCCAGCCGAACCAACCCAGGGACACCUCCACCAAAACGAGAAGAACCAGGACAAAGGCCUUGAACUCAUUGAAGAUAUGGGUCGCUCCACCGUACUGACAGCAGAGAGCAACUCCAGGGUCCUCCGGAAGAUCGACUUGAGGCUUCUACCCCUUCUUCUAGGCAUUUACUUCUUACAGCAACUCGACAAAUCCACCCUCUCGUACGCCUCGGUGUUCGGAUUGAUUGAGGACGCAAACCUCAAGGGUCAAGAAUACUCCUGGCUCGGAUCAGUGGUCUAUUUGGCACAGCUGGUAGCUCAGCCCUUUUUGGCAUACAUCUUGGUGAAAGUACCGCUGGGGAAGUUCCUUGCAUCCCCUGCUUUCAUUGCAAUCACGCAAAUGUGGUAUCGCCGUCUCGAACAGCCUAUGCGGCUUGGGUCGUGGUAUGCGAUGAAUGGCGUGGUAUAUAUGUUCGGAAGCUUGAUAACCUAUGGUCUUGGUCAUAUACAAUCUUCCGUCUUGAACCCAUACCAGAUUAUCUUUUUGUUCUUCGGCCUUAUCACCAUCGUGUUCUCCUUCAUCGUGCUUGCCUUUGUGCCGGACUCGCCCGUACAAUCCAAGUUUCUUGAGGAAGAGGACAAGUUAUUGGCAAUCGAGAGGCUCCGAAUGAACCAACAAGGAAUUGAAACCCACGAGUGGAAAUGGGACCACGUGAAGGAGGCCUGCCUUGACAUUAAAUCCUUCUUCUGGUUUGCAUUGAUGUUCUCCAUCUCCAUUCCUAGCGGUGGUAUCUCGACCUUUGGCCCGUUGAUCAUUCAAUCGUUCGGGUUUGAUCAGUUCAAGACUAUUCUCUUUAAUAUUCCAUUUGGUGCCGUUCAGCUUGUGGCGACUAUGGGAGGCGCGUGGCUAGCUACAUACCUCAAAAUGAAGGGCCCGGUUAUAGCUCUACUGUGUCUCCCUGCGAUUGCUGGCUGCGUGAUGUUGCUUGAGUUACCACAUGACGAGGCUCAUAAAGGGCCUCUUCUCGCAGGAUACUACAUAAUAUCGGUCUAUCCAGCAAUUACACCAAUGAUCUACUCAUGGUCUGCAGGAAAUACUGGAGGUGAGACGAAAAAGAAAGUCACCAAUGGUAUACUACUGAUUGGGCAAUGUGCUGGAAAUGUUCUUGGUCCAAACCUUUAUACUACCGAAGAAGCACCUCUAUACCGAAGAGGACUACUAUCAAACCUUGCGAUGUUCUGUGUUCUGGUUUUCCUCUCCCUCAUAAAUAUGGCAUAUCUGCUGUUUCUCAACAAGAAGCACGAGAAGAAACGUGUGUCGAUGGGUAAACGCGCGAAGAUCAUCGACCACUCGAUGCAUGCUAUUGGCGCGUUUCAGACAGACAAGGAAGAAUCGCCGACACAAAAUGGAGUAAACGAUGAUAAUGCAUUUAAAGACCUGACGGACUGGGCCAACGAGGACUUUGUCUAUGUUUACUAG